AUGGCCGGACAAGACGAGCAUCGCGACGGCAGCUCCCACCGCCGCCAAGUCGUCCUCUUCUCCCUGCCAUUCCAGGGCCACCUCAACCCCAUGCUCAAGCUGGCGGCGGUCCUCCACGCGCGGGGCCUCGGAGUCACGGUCCUCCACACGGACUUCAACGCUCCAGACCCCGCGCGCCACCCACAGCUCACCUUCGUCCCCAUCCACGAGACGCUCAGAGACGAGGCCACCUCCCCGGACUCCGACAUCCUCACGAAGCUGCUGGCCCUGAACGCCGCCUGCGAGGCGCCCUUCCGGCAGGCCCUCGCGUCGCUGCUUCGGCGUGGCCAGAACGUCUCGUGCGCGGUGGUCGACGGGCAGUGCUACGCCGCGCUGGGCGCCGCCGGCCGGUUCGGCGUCCCUGUGCUCGCGCUCCGGACGGAUACGCCGCCGCGUUGCGCAACAUGCUGGCGCGUUGAUGAGCUAGUUCCACAUUGUCCUGCAGAGGAGAAGUUGGAUGAGCUGGUGCCGGACCUCGAGCCGCUCCGAGUGCGAGACCUGCUCCGUGUUGACGACUGCGACACGGACGAGAUGUGCAGCUUUAUCACCUGCGUCGCCGAUGCCGUAGGAGCCUCGGUGUCUGGCAUUGUCAUCAACACGCUCGAGGCGAUGGAGGCGUCGGAGCUAGCCAAGAUCCGGCGGGAGCUGUCCCUUCCUGCCUUCGCGAUUGGGCCCCUGCACUUGCUGUCGUCCCAGGAUUCGGCGGAGCAGAGCUUGUACACUCCCGACGUCAGCUGCCGGGAUUGGCUGGACUUGCACCCGGCGCGCUCCGUGCUGUACGUGAGCCUCGGCAGCUUGGCCUGCGUCGACCGCGGCGUGUUCGAGGAGAUGGCGUGGGGGAUGGCCGGCAGCGGUGUGCCGUUCCUGUGGGUUGUCCGCCCGGGAUUAGUCAGCGGUGAAGAGGUUCCAUCAUUGCCGGAUGGGUUUAGCGAGGAGAUCAGGAACAGAGGGAAGAUUGUCACUUGGGCGCCACAAAGAGAGGUCUUGGCGCACGCAGCCAUUGCAGCGUUCUGGACGCAUUGUGGAUGGAACUCGAUACUGGAGAGCUUCUGCGAAGGCGUGCCCAUGCUUGUGCAGCCGUGCUUCGCGGACCAGAUCGUGAACGCCAGGUAUGUCACGCAUGAGUGGGGUGUUGGGCUGGAGGUCGGGGAAGUGUUGGAGAGGGAGAGCGUCGCCAAGGUGGUGAACCAAGUGAUGGUUGGGGAAGAUGGACCUCUCAUGAGGGAGAGGGCACACCGUCUGCAGAUGCAGGCAUCUGCAGCUACUAGUUCCGCCAUGGACAGCCUAGUCCAGUACGUAUUGUCGCGCGCCCUCCGCCGGCUGCCACGCUCGCCCACGGCUGCCCGGCGCAAGUCAGCCCCGCCAGCGACCACACGCGCUCCACGCUCGGCUACUCGGGACCGGCGGCUCCUGCGGCCACGCGAGGGCUCAGCUGCUCGGGAGUGGCCGUCGCAGGCUGGCAGCAAGGCCAUGGCCCAUGGCCGCCGCACCUAUCCCUCCACCCUGUCGCGCUCCUGCUUCGCUCGUGCGCUGCUCGCCCCGCGCCGAUCCUUUUGCUCUGUGCCUCUGUCCUUUCACCGCUCGGGGAACCAGAGACAUGUGAACACGGCAAAUGCAAAAGAAAGGGAUUGCUUAUGCUAUUAG